AUGUCUUUUGAUUCAAAUAAUUUAAACAAAACUCCUGAAGAAUGUAGUGAUGAAGAAAACUUAGAUAUACUUUAUGAUAGUAAUUUAGAUGAUAAUGCAGAAAUAAUGCAAGAUAAUGAUAAUAUUUUACAGGAUAUGAGUUUUGAAGAAAUAGUUGAAAUUAAUAAAGAAAAUUCUAAUGAAAUUUUAGAUCAAGGUUUAAAUUUAGUUCAACCAAAAAAAAUUACUACAGAAGCAAGUUCUAUUCAUUCUUAUUUACAACAACAGCAUCAAUUAAUAAAGGAUAAAAAGAAGCAAACAAUAAUUGAUUAUUUUGUUAAAAAAUAUUCAAAAAAAGUUCAAAUAGAAAAAACUCAAUUAAUUAUUGAAUAG